CCCAAUAACGCCGCCAGAGUUGAGAUCCCUUCUUCCCUAUCAGUCUACCACCUCAUUUUUCCAAUCUGUAUGUCACUCAUCGCUGGUUGUUGUUGCCCUCCACCUUGUCCUUUAUCUCCCCCUAUUUUCAAAGCUAUUUAUCUCUCUUUCUAAUUCUUGUUUUCUUCUACUUUAUUAACACAAAUCCCUUACGAAAAAUUCGAAAUGGGCGAUAGUACAAAUAAGAGUUCUUGAAGGAUAUUUAUGAACUCGGAGAAAACUUUUGGGGUCCUGUCUGCAAUAUACGAAACUUUUGAGCCCAAUUACUACUCAUCGAGCAGCUUUUGAAUCUCGCAGCGCAGGCACAGACGCAGUGAAACUGAAAACCAAUAUGUUGUUCUUCUCGUAUUUCAAGGAUUUGGUGGGGAGAGAAGUAACGGUGGAAUUGAAGAACGAUUUAGCGAUUAGAGGGACUCUACAUUCAGUGGAUCAAUAUCUCAACAUUAAGCUGGAGAAUACUAGGGUUGUUGAUCAAGACAAGUACCCCCAUAUGCUUUCAGUGCGAAACUGCUUCAUCCGGGGAUCUGUGGUCCGAUAUGUCCAAUUGCCACCUGAGGGAGUUGAUGUCGAGCUUCUGCAUGAUGCCACCAGAAGAGAAGCACGCGGUGGCUAACUCUCCUUGAUGUUAUGAGCUCGAAGCAAUGGAUUCUUCGUCACAAGACAAGAUUGGAAGACUUUUUAUUCCUGCAUUACUUGGAAAGAUUUCUGUGCGAAUUCGGGCACAUGCUAUUUGGUAGACAUUAUUAAGUUGGAGUAAGCUAGGGCUAAAUGUUGAAUUUCGUCGGUUGAUUGUGAUUAGUCUUGCAAGUUUUUGUAAUAUAACCAUGAAUAGUGGCUAUGUGUUUACAUCAUUGUCUCUUAUUGCA